UUUUAUCUAUUUAUUCUUUUUUAUUGAAUUCGGCGAGGGAAUCUUCAGCUCCUUCCACCUUCCUUCUCUUCUUGCCCUCCAAACGAAUUCAACCUCCCUUCCUCUCUCCCAUCUCCCCUCCACCUCAUCCCACCCACCCUCCAACCCCUCAAAAUGGUCUUCUUCCUCAGCGUCCGCGAAUCCACCACCCACCCAGGAACAAUCGAACCCGAUAUCUCCAUGCCCAGCGCGCCAACCGUCAAAGCUGGCCUCAAGGAAUACCUCACGACCUGGGACCGCAGCGAUUCGGCUGCUUUUGCACGCCGCAUCGCGGUCUUUGUGGCGUUCGGUCUCCAUGUGCCUAUGAAUGUUAUUAGUCUGCUGAGUAGGAGUGGGUUGAGUUUUAUUCUGGGGGAGCUGUUUAGUGUGUUGAAUUUGGUUUGUGUUGGGUUGGCGCUUUGGAAGAUUGGUAGGUUUUUUGUUUAUGUCUGAUUGAUUUUUUUGGAGUUUGGGAAGGGGGGUUGGGGGUGUAAUUGAGCUCAGAAGGGGGUGCAGAGGGGUUUUAAAGCUGGGGUACUGUAUACAUACCUGUGGAUCCUCGAAUGCGAAUAUAAGCGAAAGGGAGAAAACUGUCCAAGAAAAAAACUACCAUCAACCACUCGUGGAGAUUCCAGAUCAACAUAGAAGCGAAACUGAAGAAGAAGCUAACACAUGUUCAUGGACAGAUCUUAUGAGAGGAAGUAGACUAUUCUACAACAGACUGUAAGUCCACCCAACAUCCCAAUACCAGUCUCUUCCCCACCCACCACCCCAAAACCCCUUUCAAUAUCCAACCUUCGAAAAGAGACCAAUAAACUGACCAGAUGACAGAUAUACGCGUCUUCACUUCGAUUACGCAAUCCUCGGUCUUCUGCUAUCAUAUGCUCUCUUAUUUGCCAUGCUACUUUGGGGGAAGAUGGUGAAUAAGAGCUGCGAGUUUUACGCCUGUCCAUUCCGUUCUCUCGCCGCGAUGGCUUUUUUGUGAAUAGCCGAGGAAUAUAAAUCGUGAUUGUGGUGAGCUAAUGCUAAAUAGUUUUCGUAAUCAUCCGUGUGAUAUGGC